AUGUGGCGCUAUAUGCUGCAUACCGUCCCCACCAAGGACCAGGUCCUCGUGCCUGAGACCCUCCUCAAGAAGCGCAAGAGCCAGGAGCAGGCUCGCGCUGCCCGCCGUGAGGAACUCGAGAAGCGCAAGAAGGCCAACAAGGAGAAGCGUGCCGUUAUCUUCAAGCGCGCCGAGGCCUACGUCAAGGAGUACCGUGAUGCUGAGCGUGAGAAGAUCCGCCUUGGCCGCCUGAGCCGCCAGGAGGGUAACUUCUACGUUCCCGAGGAGCCCAAGCUGGUCUUUGUUAUCCGUAUCAAGGGUAUCAACAAGAUCGCUCCUAAGCCCCGCAAGAUCCUCCAGCUGCUCCGUCUGCUGCAGAUCAACAACGGUGUCUUCGUCCGCCUUACCAAGGCUACCCAGGAGAUGCUGACCAUUGUCAACCCCUACAUCGCCUACGGUUACCCCAACCUGAAGACCGUCCGCGAGCUCAUCUACAAGCGCGGUUACGGAAAGGUCGACAAGCAGCGCAUUGCUCUGUCUGACAACCAGAUCAUCGAGGAGAACCUCGGCAAGUACGGCAUUGUCUGUAUGGAGGAUCUGAUCCACGAGAUCUACACCGUUGGCCCCAACUUCAAGCAGGCCUCGAACUUCCUCUGGCCCUUCAAGCUGUCCAACCCCACCGGUGGCUUCCGCACCCGCAAGUUCAAGCACUUCAUCGAGGGUGGUGACACCGGUAACCGUGAGGACCACAUCAACGCCCUGGUUCGCCAGAUGAACUAG